AUGAUAUUGAUUGUAAUUAGCGGAACCCUCCUCUUUUUUACUCUACUCAUCUAUUUGAAUAUUAUUAAAUACAACAGAACCUUUUACAUCUCCCAAGCAAUUCAAUUUUGCUUUAUUGUAUAUAGAGCCUAUUUUUAUGGUUCAGCAUAACUUUGGUCCUCAUUUCAAUUACUUAAUGCAAAUUUCAAGAAAAAUUAUUCAAUGUAAUUAAUUUGUUACUUUCUCUCCUUACUUAUUUUUGUACUUGUGUAUAGUUUACAAUAUGAUGGUUUUUUAAAAUUGAGCAUGGGUAGCGAGAUAUUCUAAUGUUGUUGUUAUAUGCUAUACUUCUUCUAUUAAAACAAAAAUAAUAAUGAAAAUUUAAAAUUAAUAGAGGACAAGCUUCUGAGUGAAAUUAAAAAAUAUUGCUUUUUAAAAAUUUUCAAUAAAAAUAAAAAAUUAGUCAUUACUUAUCCAAAAACAGAUGAAUCAAAAAAGUUUGACUUUUUUCCAAAUAAUAACCAAUUCAUUUGUCUUUUUAGAGUCUACAUGGAUCAAGAAAUAAGCAGUUCUCCCUCUAAUUAAAAAUCAUUCAAUAGAACCAAAAUUUUUAAUAAUACUGAAGAUUUCCUAUCUUAUUUGGAAUCCGCAGAUAACCUAGAUAACUUAGGUUUUAAUUGGUAUUCUGCAACAAUCCUUGAUUAACAGACAAAAAUAAAAACUAAAUAUCGCGUUACUUAAUCAAAAUUAAAAAAUGAUACUAUUGUGCUAUUCUUUAUGAAAAUUGAUCCCACUCUCGAGAAGAAAUCUUUUGGGAAAUUUUUGCAUUUAAAAAAGGACAUUUCAAAUAUUUUUACUCAUAAGUUGAAGACUCCUUUAAAUGCAGUAUUAGGUCAUUUAACAUAGGCGUAUUAUGAUCAAGAAGUAGAUGUAUAAAUACAAAACAAUUACAUUAAACCUGCAUAUAUUAAUUCUAAAUUGCAAUUAUUUUAAGUUCAAGAUCUAAUUGAAUAUUUGAAUUUUGAUUAAGAUAACUAUACUUUGUAGAUUUGCAAGAUUAAUUUAAAAACCCUAUUAUAUUCAUUACAAGAGUUGAUCUAGCAGUAAUGUUAGAUGAAGAGCAUACAUCUUUUAUUUACUAUUAAUGAAAUGAGGUAUGUUAAAUUAGAUAAUGUUUUCAUUUAUUCCGAUGUUCUAAAACUUGAAAGGAUACUCUUCAACCUAUUAAACUUAACUUAUAGAAAUACUACUGAAAAUGGGUGUAUUUCUUUAAAUAUAGUUAUUGAUAAAGAUUUAGACGAAGCUUCAUUUUCAAUAUCAGAUACAGGAUUAGAAUUAUCUUAAGGAGAAAUAGAUGAAAUAAACUAUCUGAUUUUUUGUCAAAAUUAAUUUAAGCCCAUUAAAAAGAAACCGCAUUAUUAUUAAGAAAUGAUAAUUACUCUAUCAUUAACAAACAAACUAAUAAAAUCUGUGAAUUAAUUCACUAAUUAUUCUUUAGAGUUAUGUUAAACUAAAAAUACUGGUAUAGUAUAUAAAUUUAAGAUUAACAUCAAUCGAGAUAGAUCAGCAGAGAACUCAUAAGAAUAAUAUAAAAUAGGAUACAUUUUAAAGUAAAGAAGUCUUAAGUAACUGCACACUCAUCAUCAAAUCUCACAGAAAUCGAUUUUUUCAGGAUAAGAAUAAAGUGUUCCUAUUUUAGAAGAUUCAAUCGAUGAACCCUUUGCCAAAACUCCUUUAGUGGUGAAGAUGAGCAUGCCAUCAUAAAGGAAAUGGUUAUAAAAGAAGAAGGAGGAUCAAAUAUAAUUAUUAUCCUAAACCUAAUUUCAUUAAGCAAACUCAAUUCUUAUUGUUGAUGAUGAACCAUUCAAUCAUGAUACAUUAAUAUUGAUGUUAAAAACUUUGGGAUUUAAUAGUUAUUUAAAAGCCUUUGAUGGUUAAUAAGCAAUUAAUUUAGCUUUCGCAAAACAGAAUGAAAUUUAUGUUGUGUUCAUGGAUCUUGAUAUGCCAAUUAUGGGUGGUAUAGAGGCGACCAAAUUUUUAGUUCAAGAAAUGAUCAAAUGCAACUUACCAUAUUUUCCUAUAAUAGGGUGCACUGCCCAUGGAGAUGCAGAAUCUAUAGAAUAAUGUAAACAAGCUGGAAUGCUUCAUGUGGUUGUAAAACCUGUGUUUAUAAAGACUUUAAAAGAGACAUUCCAUUUGAUUUCAGAUGAUUCUAUAAAGAAAUCUUACAACCGUGUUGGAUCUUUGUAAUUUUCGUGA